UGUGAGAUUGUCCACACUCCAUUCAGGCCUUUUAAGAAUGAGAUAGGGUUUCUCACCAGGCCACUCACUCCAUUCCCAGAUGAUGAGGAAGACCCUGGCUAUGAGGGUGGAGCAGCGCCUAAUGUUGAGGAACAGCAGAUGCCUCCUCCUCCACCUCCUCCUCAGCCUCAGCACUAUUGGGAGCCUGCUCCAGGAUAUUUUGAUCCUUAUUUUCACAACAUACAGCAAGGGCUGGAGGCUCAUAUUGAUACUCGAUUUGAGGGGUUGAUGUCACAUGUGGAUCACCGCCUCGAUGACAUGCAGUCUCGCUUUGACAGCAACUGGGAUGCGCUCAACUCUGAAUUUUCUGACCUUCGUGAUCACAUUCACACUAAUGUCACUGAUCCCAUCAUGUCAAGGCUGAAUAAUAUGCAACAAAGCUUUCAAGAUAACAUGGGUGCUCUCUCCAGUCAGUUUGAUAAUCUUUCUACAACUGACAACAUGCAUGAUAUCAGUCAGAGGCAGCAGCAGCUCCAGCAGGACUUUGACCAGUUCUCCUCCCUGUUUGACACCUUCAGCACUCAUUAUUACAACAUGCAUCCUCCGCCGAGUGAUCAGUAAGGCCUCUCCUUUGUGGCAAUUGAUGCCAAAGGGGGAGAGAAGUGAUGAGAAGUUGUCAGACGUCUCCUUCAGGGGGAGUUGGUGGCUCUAUGUGGACACUAAGACCAUGCAUAUGCAUUUUAUCUUUUUUGUGCCGUUUUAGUUUAUGUCUUAUGCAUUUGGAACUUGGUUCGAUCUAUUAACUCUAUGUCGUAUGUCUGUGGAUUAUUAUCUGUAAUAUUCUGUGGGAUGGACUAUGUUUUAGUUCAAAUUACUCUGUGUGUGGUUAAUCGAGAUGUGAUUAUAAUUGCUGCGCUCA